AUGGGAGUUCGCUCGACGGGCAAAUACCCACGCCUAAUCCCCGUUCCACCAAUCAGCGACGAGCCUUGGCUGGGGGGACGAGAGGAGAGGGGGACGGGAGGGGUGACGAGAGGGGAAAGGAUAGGGAAGGAAAAGGGUGGGGGCGGAGCCGGGUUCACGCCCGACUUGGUCGAUAAUGCUCGGGAUGGUAGAUGAAGGCGCAACCUCCUUUAUGUCGUCGCUCUAAUUUCUCAUCAUCUUCGGCUUAAUUGCAACCUUAAUCGAUUUUAAUAGAGUAUCAUAAUAUUGUGCACCGGUUGCUGUUGGUGGCCUGUUGACUUUGUUUUAGCAAGCUGUGGUUACGGUAGAUUGGGCAGGAUUAUUGGAAUAUUAGAGAAGGAUUGGGGUAGCUAGGAGGGGGAGUUUGGGGUGGGAAGAAAAGAUAGAGGUAUAGGGGGGGGGGAUGUAGAAAAAAACUAAGAUCGGAGUUGAAGAUAGCAAGUUUAAGGCUUUAAUUACAGUAAAAAGGCUUAAAAUUUAUUAAAAAAUGGUUGAAAAUAGUUUUGUCGCUAAUUUAUGUAUGUUUUUCAGUUAAAAAACGACAAGACUUUUAAACAUUUUCAAAAGAUUUAAAUUGCUAUAUUUUUGAUUAUAAAUUAUUUUUAAUUGUUAAAAUAAUUCUGUGCCUCCUCUUAAAGCAAGUCUUCGCAGUUAGGAGGCACAGAAUUAUUUGAAAAUUUUCACACUUUGCUAAAUUUUAAAUACGACUAAUAUGGUCAAUAUCAUGAUAUAUAACGAUGCGUCUUAAGUUUUGUAAAGUUUAAUUUCAAAUGUCAUUUUAAAUUGUUAAAAUUAAAAAAUGUUAAUUAUGCUUGCCCUUUUUCAGAUGAGUUUUUUGAUAGCAAACUUGUUAGCUAAAAAAGAGCAAAAAGUACCAGAAGUACCAUCAUUAAGUCUACCACAAUUAUCUACAGCUAGUCCAUCGUAUCCGUUGGACAUGCUCUCUCAAUCCCAAAUCAAUUUGGCUAGCCCGUUCCCAUCGACCAGCUUUCUUGGAAUGCCGUUGAGUAAGGUUUUAUUUGAUCAUAUAUUGGUUGAUUAUAUUGAAUUUGGUUUUUAAAAAUUUUUUUAAAAUUUAAUUUUACAAAGACAGUAGAACUCUUGUAUAACGAAUCUGUUAGGGAAUUUGGGUUUGUUACAAAAGAGUUUGGGUAUAAAGAAGUUUUAAAUGCACUAUGUAGUGUUAGACAAAGAGUUAACAGUUGUUUGUUAUACAGGGUUUUCAUUAUAGGUGAGUCUGUUAUAAAUGAGGUUUUCAUAGAAAAGAUUGUUAUAAGGGAGUUUGUUUUACUGCGUAAUACUACGUAUUAAAUUUAAAAUUUUUUUAAAGUUUGAAAUUAUAAGCAUAUUUAUCAGUCAAAACUCUCAGUUUUGAAUUUUAAAAUUUUUGGUUGUUUUAUUAGGGUAUGAAUAAACAUUUGAUAUUAUGUUUAGUUAUGACUAAAAAAUACAAUGAAACCACGGUAUAACGAAUCGCUAGGGGAAUUAAAAGUUGUUCGUUAUGAAGAGGUUUUGUUAUAGAGAGGUUCCUUAUACGAAGGUUCCACUGUAUUUUGUAAUCAUAAUAUUGUUUGAGGUGUAAACGUAGCUAAUAGUAAAAGUAAGACUAAAGCUAGGCCAAAACGUGUUGUCAUAAUUGUAAAAUAAAACCGAGGGGAUUUAAAUUUAGUCGUGAAUAUUAUAUCUCGCUAGCCAAGACAUAUCUAGAAGUUUUUGAACAUUAUUUUCUUGGUGACUUUAUAUGCUAUUUUAUUCUAUAUAGGUCUUGUUCUAUAUCUAGCGGAAUAUUUGAAGCAACUCUCUAGUAAGUACAAAAUUUUGAUUUUUUUUAAUUUUAAAGUUAUGAGUUUUGCUAAAGGGUUGUUGUGUGAACUUUUUUUUAUAAUUUAUUAGGUUGAACCAAAAGUAGCGGUGUAUUUUUUAUUUAUUUUGCAACUAACAAGUGUCCCACUACUUUUGAUUCAACCUAAUAGUUUUUUUUAUACUUUAGGAACAUGUAGGCUUAUUUAUAUUAACACAUACCUAGGUGAAGUGUCUUGAAAGACCUUUAAAAUUCAUUUUUGAUCUUUUAAACUACAUUUACCUCCAAAAUUUUUUAAAAUUUGCUUUCUAUUUUCUUACAUUUUUUGAAAUUUUGUAAUUUUAAACAGUAGAAGAACCCUACUUUCCUACUGUAACUUAUCUCAUAUACACCCCUACCCCUCAUACUGUAAAACACCAGCCAUUAUCUACUUGACGCCAAAUCUGUAUUGUAAUAUCUUUUGCGACGUUAUCUUACCUUCGACGUCGCCUGAUCACUUUAUCUUUUCGUGUAGCCGGCGGACCGUCGCUAAUUGGCGAGGGGGGUGUUAAUCGUUUUUCUCGUUUAAAACUCCACUUAAUAGUCUUAUAACUACGAAUAAGGAAAACCGACUGAUAAUCAUGUUGAGUUGGUAAGCCGAUUAUCGUCGAAUCUUCUCUGUUUGUUGUUCGAAAUGGGUUUGUCAAAUUGAGAGAGCACAACAGCGGUUUGGGGAUUACUGUAGGAGUUGGAGAGAUAGUAUUGGUACGGCCUAGUCUUUUAAGUGUAGUGAGAUUAAAAGAAGAACGGAAGGAAGGUAGGCUUAGACUAUGUGAAGAUUAUAUCAAAGCUUCAAAGUUUAACAAAGUUGAACAGAGGGGCUGGAUUACUGUAGGAGUUGAAGAGGUAGUAUUAGUACGGCUUGGCGUUUAAUUACUGUAAGAUUUAGACUGAGGAGGGCUUAGGCAAGGUGUAGUAUCAAAGCUUCAAAUCUAAUAAAAGUCGAAAUUAAAGUCUGGAUUACUGUAGGUAUCAGUCUCCAGUAAGGUUUGUAAACUUCAUUACGGUUGGGAACUGAUUCUGGCUGGACUAGGCUAAACUAAGGCUUGCUAAGGCUAAGGCUCAGACUCAGGCUCAGGCUCAGGCUCAGGCUCAGGCUCAGGCUCAGGCUCAGGCUCAGGCUCAGGCUCAGGCUCAGGCUUAGGCUCAGGCUCAGGCCCAGGCCCAGGCUCAGGCUCAGGCCCAGGCUCAGACUCAGACUCAUGCUCAGGCUCAGGUUAAGGCUAGGACUCGAGUUCAAACUCUAGCUCAGGCUAAAGCUAAGGUUAAGACUCAAAGCUAAAGUAAAUUAUGCAUACCAUCACUAUUAAUUUUAAUAUUUAAAUGUUUACCCAGCCACCACCUGACAUAAUGACAACAAACAUGUCUUUUUUCAUCCUUGACAAUACCAUGUCUUUACCAUUCGAAUUUACCGCCAACACUUCCGCAAAAUGACACAGUAAGCGACAAACUUGCGUAAUUGUCGGUGGAUGUAAGACAUGGAACAAUAGAGUACAUUAAGGUAUCUAAUGGUACAGUAACAUAUUCUAGGGCUUUAAUGAUAUAGGUAUAGCACUCGUCAUACCUAAAAUAUAAAGUAUGUACUAUUCUUAACACAGUAAAACACAAAAUGUUACCUUAAACACUAUAUAAUGCCAUGGUAAAUCUUCUAAAUACAUAUUUCAGUAAACAUGUUCUCCCCCCUCUCAUACCUACCAGUGUUCAAUGGUGAUGUUAAUAUGUUACACCAGCUAUCACAGUGUCGUCGCAAACGGCGUCAUCGUACCAUCUUUACAGAUGAACAACUAGGUAUUCUAGAGCACAACUUCGCUAUAAAUCAGUAUCCAGACAUGACAUUGAGAGAGAAGCUGGCAUUACAGUGUGACCUGAAGGAGGAAAGAGUUGAGGUAGGUUGGGGUACGGAAGGGCAGUGAGAGGGGGGGGAGGGUGAAGUAAAUAAGAAAUAUGGUAGAGGAAGGGAAGGGACCGCAUAUUUUAAGGUAGGGUGGGGUACGGUAGGGUAAGGUAGUGUAGGGUAGGGUAGGGUAGGGUAGGGUAGGGUAGGGUAGGGUAGGGUAGGGUAGGGUAGGGUAGGGUAGGGUAGGGUAGGGUAGGGUAGGGUAAAUUGUCAAAACUUAAAUUUAUAAUAAAAUUCUAGAUCUGGUUCAAAAACCGCAGGGCAAAAGAGAGAAAAAAGGGAAAAGAAGGUCCUAACGGUAUCAGUCUGGAGCAGUCGCCCAACUCCGAAGAGAACACGAUAAUAAACGAGGAGAGUGACUAUGACGAGUAUGAACCAAGAGCUGUCAAAAGAACAUACGAUCAGAUUGACGAGGAUAGUCUUUGUAGUAAAAGAAGAAAGUCAAAGUAA